AUGACAGCGCUCCUGGAUGGGAUUCGACAAGCAGCAGACCAAGGAUGUACCAAUGGCCCUAACACCAGAGCUUGCUGGAAGUCUGGCUUCUCCAUUGCAACAGACUUUGACAAGAAGCUUCCUCCAGCUGGCAAGACCGUCACAUACAAUCUUGAAAUUACAAACACUACACAUAUGGCUCCUGAUGGGUAUCAACGACUGGUUAUGGCCAUCAACGGGCAGUAUCCCGGACCAACAAUAUACGCCGAUUGGGGCGACACCCUCGUUGUCAAUGUCAAGAAUUCUCUUCAACACAACGGCACUUCAAUCCACUGGCAUGGCCUUCGUCAGCUGAACUCCUGCCAACAUGAUGGCGUGAACGGCGUGACUGAAUGCCCCAUCGCACCCGGCCAAACGAAACAAUAUGUCAUUCGGUGCACACAAUUUGGAACAUCAUGGUACCACAGCCACUACUCUGCUCAGUACGGCGAUGGAAUCGUUGGUGGCAUUGUCAUCAAUGGGCCAGCGACUGCUAACUACGACACCGAUCUCGGGACGAUGACCUUCACGGACUGGUUCUACGAGACGGCAUUCGCAAUGAACGUUCGAGCCCUUCACUCAACCAGCGGCCCACCACGAGCUGAUACCGGUCUCAUCAACGGCACGAUGAAGCGAGACGAUGGCAAGGGCGCAUACCACGUCACGACUGUCAAGAAGGGCAAGAAGCACCGACUCCGACUCAUCAACACCGGCAUCGACAACCUCUUCCACGUCUCGAUCGACAACCACAACUUCACCGUCAUCACCUCCGACUUCGUCCCCAUCAAACCCUUCACCGCCUCCUCCGUCUCCAUAGGCAUCGGCCAGCGCUACGACAUCAUCAUCAACGCCAACCAGCCCGUCGCCAACUACUGGCUGCGUGCCGACGUAGGCACCGCUUGUGGCCGCAACCUCAUGGCCGGCAAGAUCCUCUCCAUCAUGCGCUACGAAGGCGCACCUGUCGCCGAUCCAACAUCCACCAACACGAUCACCAAACCCACCGCCUGUUACGACGAGUCCGUCACCCCCUACGUAACCAACCUCGUCCCCGCCGACCAAUUCACCACCGCCAUGAAAUCCUUCUCCAUGGACUUCAACGUCAGCCGCACCGCCGACGGCGGCGCCCUCAUCCAAUGGCUGAUCAACGGCUCCGACAUCCGCGUCAACUGGGAGAAACCCACCCUCCAACACGUCCUCGACUCCAACUACACCUUCGAAUCCAAACACAACGUCUUCGAAAUCUCCCAAAUCGACACCUGGACCUUCUGGGUCAUCCAGACCGUCCAAGGCGACCCUGUCAACCUCCCCCACCCCAUCCAUCUGCACGGCCACGAUUUCUACGUCCUCGGCGCCGGCGCAGGCGUCUGGGAUGGGAAUCAGUCCAACCUGAAAUUCUCCAACCCACCUCGUCGUGAUACGGCCACUCUACCCGCCGGGGGCUAUCUUAUCAUGGGCUUCCCCGCAGAUAAUCCUGGCCUGUGGCUCAUGCAUUGCCAUAUCCCGUGGCAUGUAGGCCAGGGGCUGAGCAUGCAGUUUUUGGAGCGGAAGGAUGAGAUUAUCGGUAAACUUGGGGAUCUGGGAGAUUAUCAGAAGACGUGUGAUUCUUGGAAGGAGUGGUGGAAUCGGAGUGAUCGGCCUUAUCAUAUGGAUGAUAGUGGGUUGUAG